AUGGCUCCCGGAAUUUUGUCCAGCAGGACACCUCUUCCAGAAAAGCCACGAGCCAAAGAGCACGAUCUGGUCCUCAAGACUUUCCGCCUGCUCAUCAGCGAUCUCUGCCAGCAGUUCAACGGCGGCCAUCCAGGCGGCGCCAUCGGCAUGGCCGCCAUUGGUAUCGCCCUGUGGAAAUACGUGAUGAGCUACGCACCCUUACAGCCGGCAUUCUUCAACCGAGACCGAUUCGUCUUGUCCAAUGGCCACACGUGUCUCUUCCAAUACGCCUUUCUGCAUCUGACGGGAUACCGAGACAUGACAAUGGAUCAACUCAAGUCGUACCACUCGAGCCGCUGGGAUUCCAUUUGUCCUGGCCAUCCAGAGAUUGAGAUUGAAGGUAUUGAGGUGACUACAGGGCCUCUGGGACAGGGAGUUGCUAAUGCUGUUGGGCUGGCCAUGGCUACCAAGAACCUUGCGGCAACGUAUAAUCGGCCUGGAUAUGAACUCGUGUCGAAUCAUACGUGGUGUAUGGUUGGCGAUGCUUGUCUGCAAGAAGGCGUGGCACUGGAAGCGAUAUCUUUCGCAGGGCACCUCAGAUUGAAUAAUCUGACUGUGAUAUACGACAACAACCAAAUUACUUGCGAUGGCUCUGUCGAUCUGACCAACACGGAAGAUGUCAACGCAAAAAUGCGAGCCUGCGGCUGGGAUGUAAUUGAUGUCGAAGACGGAUGCUACGACGUAGAUGGCAUCGUGGCGGCAUUGCAAAGAGCAAGAUCUUCGACAGACAAGCCGACAUUCGUCAACGUCAGAACAAUUAUUGGACUAGACAGCACUGUUGCGGGACAAGCAGAGGCUCACGGAGCUGCUUUCGGUGUCGACGAUGUUAAACGGAUGAAGCGUGCGUAUGGCUUCAAUGAAGAUGAGCAGUUUGUCGUUGGAGAUUCAGUCCGCCAGUUCUUCUCGGAUCUUCCUAGCCGCGGAGAACAAAUUGUAUCGCGGUGGAAUGAUUUGGUGGCACGAUAUGCUGCUGCUCAUCCUUCGCUUGCUGAAGACUUCCGACGCCGUAUGGAUGGGAAACUGCCGUCUAAUUGGAAGGAUCUCCUACCCAGCUCCGACAGUCUUUCUGAUAAGCCAUUGGCGACGAGAGCAUCAUCUGGGCUGAUGCUCAAUCCUCUGGCCAAGCAGUUUAAAUCGUUCAUGGUGGGAACGGCGGAUCUCUCGCCAUCUGUGCACAUGGCCUGGGAGGGCAAAGAAGACUUUCAACAUCCUGGUCUUCGCACAGCAUGCGGCAUCAACGGCUCCUACGCAGGCCGGUACAUCCACUACGGCGUCCGCGAACAUGCCAUGUGUGCCAUCUCCAACGGCAUAGCAGCCUUUUCUCCAGGAACCUUCAUCCCCGUUACAAGUUCCUUCUUCAUGUUCUACCUCUAUGCAGCACCAGCCGUGCGAAUGGGUGCCCUCCAACGCCUCAAGGUGAUUCAUGCAGCAACCCAUGAUACGAUUGGCAUGGGAGAAGACGGACCGACUCAUCAGCCCAUUGAGCUUGCAGCGCUGUUUAGAGCAAUGCCGAACUUGCUGUAUUUCCGUCCUGCGGAUAGUGAGGAGACGGCGGGUGCUUGGAGUGCUGCUGUUGAAGCUGAGGGUGUGUCUUCCAUCAUAUCGACUUCGAGACAUAAAGUGCCGCAGUUGAAACAGACCCGGCGGGAUGGUGUCGCAAGAGGAGCGUAUGUGAUUCAGGAAGACGACAAUGCUCAGCUCACCCUCAUUGGUGUCGGCGCAGAAUUGUCACAUGUUCUGGAUGCUGCCGCCUUGCUACUGGAAAACAACGGGGUUCGCUGCAGAGUCGUUAGUUUCCCAUGUCAGAGGCUGUUCGAGGGCCAGUCCUUGGAGUAUAAGAGAAGCACCCUGCGGAGACACCAAGGGAUCCCGGCUAUUGUGGUCGAGCCAUAUGCACCGAAUGGCUGGGAGAGAUAUGCCGAUGCGGGCAUAAGCGUGAGGCAAUUUGGACACAGUCUCCCGGGUCCUGAGGCAUACAAGUAUUUUGGGUUUGAUGUGGAUAGCAUUGUGUCCAAGGUGUUGGGAUACUUGGAAAGGGUUCGUCAAGAUGAGUUGUUGAAGAGAGAGUUUGUUGAUCUGUAG